GUGUCAGUUUACUCACAAUGUCGGCCAUGUAAAGCCGACAGCAUCCAGAUUUGAAGCUCUGUUCCACUCUCGGGUUUAGGGAGAGUUCACAAUCUAAAGUACACAGCUCAAAGCACUUGUGGAAGACCUGCGAAAUUGAGAAAUCUUCAUCAUGGAUGUGGCUAAUCAACUGUCCUCCUUAUCUCCGACUGUGCGGUUAGUCGUUAUUGCUGUGAUGACGGCGCUAACGGUCCAGAUCAUAAGAUGGCUUGUCUGGUACCGCAGUCUUUUUCGCUUCUUUAACCAGCUUCCUGGUGAAACAGACUUCAGCUGGGUCUGGGGAAACUUGAGAAAGAUGCGCUCAUACACUUCAGAACAGCGGACUCAGUACUUACUGGAGUAUUCAAAAAAGUACCCGAAAUUUUUCCGGCUUUGGCUGGGACCAUUGAGACCUCUGAUUUUCUUGAACCAUCCGGACACAAUGAAGACUCUUCUUAAAAGUUCAGAGCCUAAAAGUCAUAUUUACAAGUUUACUUUUCCAUGGCUGGGAGAAGGUCUGCUGAGUGCUAAUGGGCCUCGGUGGUACAGAUCUCGCCGUCUGCUCACACCAGCCUUCCACUUCGACAUCCUGAAGCCAUACAACACCAUCAGCAACCGCGCUGCCGACGUGCUGUUGGACAAGAUGAGUGUCCAUGCUGUAGAGAAGACCAGCAUGGAGAUAUACAGCUCCGUUAGUCUGUGCACACUUGAUGUCAUCCUACAGUGCGCCAUGUCCUACAAGGACGACAUUCAGCUAAAGGGAGAGUCUCAUCCAUAUGUACAGGCAGUUAUGCAGUUGACAGACAUGUUGACUGAAAGAGCGAGAAAUCCCUUGUUUGCUCUGGAUUUCAUCUACUUCCUGUCGAACCACGGGAGAAAGUUCAAGGCACUUUGUGACUUUGCCCACAGUGUUGCUGAAAACGUCAUCAAAGCUCGCAAGGAGCGUUUGGAAAGAGAGGGACCACCCAAGAAAAGACACUUAGACUUCCUGGACAUCUUGCUGACAGCGAGGGACGAGUCAGGACACGGCUUUACACCUCUAGAGCUUCGGAAUGAGGUCAACACAUUUAUGUUUGCAGGUCAUGACACAACUGCCAGUGCCAUUGCCUGGACUCUGUACUCGUUGGCCCAGCAUCCACAGUACCAGCAAAAGGUUCAGGAGGAACUGGACUGUCUGCUUGCAGGUCGCCAGUCGGACGACAUUGAAUGGGAGGACCUGCAGAAGCUGGAGUACCUGACCCAGGUUAUUAAGGAAGGCAUGCGCUUGCACAGCACUGUUCCCUUUGUCAGCCGAACUCUCACCAAGCCCAUGACCAUCGAAGAUGUGACCUUGCCCGCUGGCACUUGGUGCCGUUUGAACAUGAUUGGUCUUCACCACAAUCCUUUGGUGUGGUCAGAUGCUGAGGCCUUCGACCCGGAGAGGUUUCAUCCGGAUAACAUCAAGGAUAAGGAUGCAUAUACAUUUGUACCGUUUUCAGCAGGGCCAAGGAACUGCAUCGGGCAACACUUCGCCCUAAACGAGCAGAAAGUGAUCAUUGGACGAAUACUGAGAAAAUUCACGCUGACUGUGGACCCCAACCACAAAGUACAGAGAAAGAUUGCAUUGGUCACGAGGCCAGAGACGGGUCUGCGGCUGUUGUUGACUCCAAGGCCUGCAGCAGUCUGGCGUGAGAGAAGCCGUGUGGUGUGACCGCAGAAUUGUAUUCUGAAUAAUCAGGAGACCCGAAAGGGAAUAGUGAAAGAGAAACCAAACUCACGAUGAUUUCAAGUACUUUCUAUGAUUAGAGGGAGCUUCAACUUUAUUUUUUUAAUUCGCUUAUUUCUGAUUACAGAGAACUAGAAACAAAUUUAUCGUUUGUUUCCUGCUGAUGAAAAUACAAGGGAUUCAAAAGAGAACUAAAAUCAUAAAAAUUAACAAACAAACAAACAAAAAAAAAAAAAAAAAAAAAAAAAAAACAACAAAAAACAAAACACCAAACAAACAAAAAAUCCAGUGUUGAAAAUUGAAAACAUAUAUGACAGCGAUCAUGGUGACUAGAACAAAACACAAGAAAGAAUGACGAAGACAGUUUUCUACGAGAAGCAGUGAUCUGGUCAUGACACUUCCGCUUACCAUGAAGACUUUUGUCUUCUUAUAGCUUCAGCCGAGUAGUGGACACUGGGUUGGUCAAUACUUAAUGUUUUGUUUAUAAAUGGGUUAUUUGCUUACUGAUCUCUUUCUGGUGUAAUCUGAAUCUGUUUAAAAGUUCAGUAUUUCAGUUAUUUUUGUGUUACCGCUAUUACUCAUAUAAAUCAAGAUUCUAUUUAGCCAUAUAUUAAUUUGAAAACAAAUCUUACUAACAUCACACAGCUGUUUACGGGAUAUGAGAUAGAGAGGAUGGAAGAGAGAAAGAGAUCUAGGUGUAUAUACAUAAAAAAACAAUGAAAUGAAUGUAAAAAUAAAAGUCGUUCUCACUGGUGAUUGCCUCUAGCAACGACAUCGUGCGCGUCGAUAAAUCUCUAGUAGUGUUUUGCCAGAAAUCUUUUAUUACUGUUUUAUCGUUCUCAUAUAUGUCUUUUGAAGAAAGGUGUACAAGUCUUCGGAUUUUUAUUGCUCGCUGCAUCUAUAGACCUCUCUACAAGCGACCAGAACAAACUCACAGCUUCUACCCUUUUCUCGGAAUUUCAUGAUCUGUUGGAUUUUUUUUUUUGUUUGUUUGUUAAGAUAUCGGUAGGCAUUGGCAUAUAAACCUAAUCUGUGAAUUUUAUCUUUCGAAACUCAUCCGUUAAUUAAUUAUCCGCUAGCAAAGUACGCGAUUCGCACCUGCGAUCAACGAGCGCCGCUAACAGUGUACUACGUCGUGCUAACAGUAUACUACGUCACGAUAACAAUGUACUACGUCACACAAGUUGCCAGCAGUCAAAACCAAAGAGACAGAGAGAUAAUGAGCGAUAGUUUGAAUUAUUCGGAUGUUGAAAGUUUGCAUUUCUCGUGAUAAAGUAGCAGUUUUUCAGAACCACGAGAAAUGUAGACUUAAAAAAACA